AUGGUUUCGUUCCACUCACAAUCAUUUCCUAUCCGUCGAGCUACACUAGCCUCUUUGACCCCUCGAGUACACCACCCCUCUUCAACUACUUUAGUACUACCACAACUUCUGCAGCAGCUUUUACUAUUACUACUACUUGACAACCGUCCCUCCCUCUCUCUUCAACAACAACAGCAGCUUCUCUUUGUCGGACAGAACUUGGACACCGCAUUGAUGAACAACUCAUUCCACUCAGAUUCCUGCCCCUCUACCUGCUCAAGCUCGAUAGCUUCGCUAUCCUCAUUACCAAUGACUCCAGAAACAUAUCCCGAGUAUAACCCUUCGGUAGUGCCUGCGCUCUACCCUGCAUUGGAGCCUCCCCUACUGGAUCUCGAACACACCGACCUCCAUCCUAAACCAAUGUUUUACAUUGAGCCAGAAUCCUUUGAGGAUAACAUUCACGAAUGCCACACCGUCCCAGAGGAGGAAGAGGACGACGAGACUGCCAGUGAAGCCCAUGAACCACUCACCCCCACCAGCGAUGGUCACUCAAGCAUCUUUAUCAACUCCAGUAAUGAGGGUUUCCACAACAUCAAAAACGCACCAGCAAUCGUCAACACCCCAGCUACACCCCCACCAAGGAAAACAGCAAGUCCCUCGAACGAGCAGCCGAAUACCCGUGGGAAGCUGAGGCGUCAGGCGUCAGAGAAGAUUCAGGGACUCAUGCGUAGGGUGCACUCUUCAGGUCAUGUUUCAGACGCCGGGCAGCGCACUCCUUCACCAACAAAGACAAAAGGCUUCUUCUCAGGCCAGCGCUCACCAAGUGAAUCGCAAAUGAAUACAUCACAUCCAGUAGAUACUCUUUCGUCAACAAUGGAAAUGCCGGUUGCACAGCGACCAUCAAGUACAUUCGACGGCAAGACCUCAUCAUCGUCAUCAAAACGCCCUGGUAUCUUCUCAAGACGCUCCCGUUCAAACAGUGUAAGUGGUAUCAAGGACCUGACUGGCAACCCAAUUACCCACCCAGCAUUGGUUGGCGCCGGUUCAAAAUCGCGUAUGAUGAGCAGUGUUGUGCCAGACUUGAACGUCCCAGUCAUCCCGCUAUCAUCAAAAUACACCAACCACAGCCAUGUACCUGGAAUGAGUAAGGUUUGUGGUGAGGGUGUAUCUGCCAUAGUCAAAGUCAUGCACAAGAUUUCUGGGCCACCAACCGAAUUGUACGCCAUCAAGGAAUUCCGCAAGAAGAGCAGGAGUGAGACGAAGGAGGAGUAUGUUGAGAAGAUCAACUCAGAGUUUUGCAUCUCAAAGAGUUUGAAUCAUCCAAACAUUGUUUCGACCGAGGAUCUUUGUUUCAGCAGCAGCGACAGAUGGUGUCACGUUAUGGAGUACUGUGCUGGAGGUGAUCUCUUCAGUUUGAUUGAAAAGAAUUUCAUGAAGGAUGAGGAGAAAAUGUGCUGUUUCAAGCAGUUACUCAGGGGUGUUGGAUAUCUACACGACCACGGCAUUGCUCAUCGGGAUAUCAAGCCAGAGAAUCUUUUGAUCUCUAGCGAUGGUCACCUUAAAAUAACUGAUUUUGGAGUUUCGGAGGUGUUCCGUGGAAAACAUCCCGGCGAUGCGGGGAUCAAAUGUGGGAUUGAGAUGAACGAGAUCAGGCUGAGUAAACCUGGCAUUGUUGGAAGCGCGCCCUACAUUUCCCCGGAAGUUCAGAACAAAGAAGGAGUUUACGAUGCUCGCAAGUUGGAUGUUUGGUCGUGUGCCAUGGUCUACUUCGUCCUCGCAUUUGGUGGGCCGUUGUGGCACAAGGCAAAUGUUAACGACAGUCCGCAAUACGGCAAGUACGUGGAAUCCUUCGAGAAAUGGACCGCGAGGCAUCCCGAUGCCGAAAUGACAAAGGAUGGUACAUACCCCCGUCAUUACGUCCUCGCUUCUCUUAAGCCAGCAACGAAGCGCCUUCUCUUCCAAAUGAUGCACCUUGACCCUACGAAGCGCAUUACUAUCCAAGAAGCCCUUGCAGAUCGGUGGGUGCAGAGCAUUGAGUGCUGCAAUGUAGACGAUCACAACGAUCCAUUGUUCAAGCAUGUGGAUGCUGGAUCCAAAUCGGCCUGUAAACAAGCUGGGAAAGUCGGUGUUCAUAGGCUACAUGUUCAUCUUCCUAUUCAGACUGGAACUCCAUUCGGUCGAGAAUUAUAG